AUGAUGUUCUUCAAGGCGGAGGUUGGCCUAGUGUCAUCUGUUUUCUUUUUGCUCGCAUCAGCGCCAGCUGUCGUCGCUGACUGCGCACUCCCGUCAACUUACAGUUGGACAUCCACUGGCCCUCUCGUGAACCCCAAGUCUGGGUGGGUGGCACUUAAGGACUUUACCAACGUGGUCUUCAACAACAAACAUGUCGUCUAUGCAUCAACUGCCAAUGCAGCUGGGAACUACGGCUCUAUGAGCUUCAGCCCCUUUUCCGAUUGGUCUGGAAUGGCAUCUGCGAGCCAAAACGCAAUGAGCUUCAACGCUGUUGCGCCCACUUUGUUCUACUUUCAGCCAAAGAAUAUUUGGGUCCUGGCCUACCAAUGGGGCUCGAGCACCUUUACUUAUCGAACAUCAAGUGAUCCUACCACCAAUCAAUGGUCAUCGGAGCAAGCCCUUUUCUCUGGAAAGAUCGCCAAUUCAGGCACUGGUGCUAUUGACCAGACCCUUAUCGGCGACUCGACACAUAUGUACCUUUUCUUCGCCGGAGACAAUGGCAAAAUCUACCGCUCUAGCAUGCCUAUCAACAAUUUCCCAGGAAAUUUCGGGACGAACUCAGAGGUGGUGCUCAGUGACACCACGAACAACCUGUUUGAGGCAGUUCAAGUCUACACCGUCAAAGGGCAAAACAAGUACCUUAUGAUCGUUGAGGCAAUAGGAUCACAAGGGCAGCGGUACUUCCGUUCAUUCACUGCUAGCAGUCUCGGAGGCUCGUGGACUCCCCAGGCAACGAGCGAGAGUAAUCCCUUUGCCGGAAAGGCUAACAGUGGAGCAACCUGGACCAACGACAUCAGUCACGGCGACUUGGUCCGCACCAACCCCGACCAAACAAUGACAAUCGACCCAUGCAACCUCCAGCUCCUCUACCAGGGCCGAGACCCGAAUGCCGGUGGCCAAUACAAUGCUCUUCCAUACAAGCCGGGCUUGCUCACCCUGAAGAGAUGA